GGCCAUGUUUGCGCGGGGCCGCGGGGCCGCGCUUCCGCCGGCGGUGCCGCAGCGGGGACUCCGCAGUGGCUCCCCGGCGAUGGAGCAGCCUGCGCGCUCGCAGCUUGGGCUGUGGCUGCUGUUCCUGCUCCUGUCCCUAGUGCCCGGCCGCCAGAAGGAGUCAGGUUCAACGUGGAAAGUAUUUAUUGACCAAAUUAACAGGUCUUUGGAGAAUUAUGAACCAUGUGCAAGUCAAAACUGCAGCUGCUACCAUGGUGUCAUAGAAGAGGAUCUGACUCCUUUCCGAGGAGGCAUCUCAAGGAAGAUGAUGGUGGAAGUAGUCAGACGGAAGCUAGGAACUCACUAUCAGAUCAUUAAGCACAGAUUAUAUAGAGAAAAUGACUGCAUGUUUCCCUCAAGGUGUAGUGGUGUGGAACACUUUAUUUUGGAAGUUAUCGGACGCCUCCCUGACAUGGAGAUGGUGAUCAAUGUUCGAGAUUAUCCGCAGGUCCCUAAAUGGAUGGAGCCUGCCAUUCCAGUCUUCUCCUUCAGCAAGACGUCAGAGUACCAUGAUAUCAUGUAUCCUGCUUGGACAUUUUGGGAAGGGGGACCUGCUGUUUGGCCAAUUUAUCCUUCAGGUCUUGGGCGGUGGGACCUCUUCAGAGAAGAUCUGAUAAGGUCAGCAGCACAGUGGCCAUGGAAAAAGAAAAAUUCCACAGCAUAUUUCCGAGGAUCAAGGACAAGUCCAGAGCGAGAUCCUCUCAUUCUCCUAUCUCGGAAAAAUCCAAAACUUGUUGAUGCAGAGUACACCAAAAACCAGGCCUGGAAGUCUAUGAAAGAUACCUUGGGGAAGCCAGCUGCUAAGGAUGUCCAUCUUGUGGAUCACUGCAAAUACAAGUAUCUGUUUAAUUUUCGAGGUGUGGCUGCCAGUUUCCGGUUGAAACACCUCUUCCUGUGUGGUUCGCUUGUUUUCCAUGUUGGUGAUGAGUGGCUGGAAUUCUUCUAUCCACAACUGAAGCCAUGGGUUCACUAUAUUCCAGUCAAAACAGACCUCUCCAAUGUCCAGGAGCUGUUGCAAUUUGUAAAAGCAAAUGAUGACAUGGCUCAAGAAAUCGCUCAAAGGGGAAGCCAGUUUAUUGUGAACCACUUGAGGAUGGAUGACAUCACCUGUUACUGGGAGAACCUGUUGACUGAAUAUUCUAAAUUCCUGUCCUAUAAUGUAACAAGAAGGAAAGACUAUGAUCAGAUUAUUCCCAAAAUUUUGAAAACUGAACUCUAAUAGUCAUCAUUGGACCAAAGUCCUCACUGUAGCAGCAGAUCUGAGAUACACUGUGGGGGGAAGCUUAUCGUGAGUGUGGCAUCUGUGUCCUGAAUAGUGUUAUCAAGUCAAAUACCUGUUAUCCUUAUCAUGCUUCACCCAGAGCAAAUCUUGAGAAAGAUCCAAAAUGUGUAUAAUACAGCUAUGAAGCAGAUCAACACUUUGGCUGAAUAAGGACCAGAAAUUAUGAAAUGUGGGUUUUGAACCCAAUUCUACCUUACAUUUUCUUAGGACCAAUCACAGCUUGUGCCUCAGAUCAUCCAUUUAUGUCUGUUCAUCACUGUGAAACUGACUAUGUCCAUGGAAUGAUGUCCUUCUUCCCGUUGUUUGGAGCAGAAACCCAGUCAUUUGAAACCAGUACAACUCAUCACCACAAUUCAGUAGUUAUUCUAGGCUUGAUCUUUGAUGCUGUAUUUUAAUGUAAGGGAGCUGUAUAUGGUUUGUGAAAAAUACUUAGGAAUUCUUUCCUGAAACGUCUGAGGAAGCAGUAGUUGUGCCAUGCAAUGAUGUAGGAAUUCUCUUUUUAAAAAACAUAAACUCUUCAGUACUCAGGAGGUUUUUAUGAUGCCAUAUAGAAAGGGACCAGUUGCAUGAGUAAUUGCAAAUGGAUCUUGAAUUCCUUUUGUGCCUUCACACCCAAAAAAAUAAAAACCUCAAUAAAUUUAGGAAGUAGCUCUCGCUCUUCAAAGGAACUGUGCAUAGAAAAGCCAAUUCUUUGCUCUUUGCACACCUUUAAUAUUUUUCUUCCUUCAAUUGGCAGCAGUCCACCCUUGCAUGGUUUUGCAGGGACUGGCUUUUCCCUUUUUGAAACAGACAUUUGGGUAGUAGUUUAAUCCCUCAGGAUGCUCACGCUAACAUAGUCAAAAAUAAAAAAUUGUUGGAUUAAAACUCAUAAUCUGAUGACUCAGAACCAUCCUUGUCCUUUAAGUCCAACCUUCCUACAGAGAAAUCAGUUCUUUCCCUUUGACUCCUGAGAACGGGUUGGUAUUACUUAGUUUCAAAAUUAGUAAAUGUGAGAUUCAAUCAUAUAAACUCAGGAUUUUAUUCCAUUUGUGGGAAAUGGACUUAUAAACUCCCUUCCACAAAAACGUAAGCCUAAGGAACUUCUGAGAGUAGUUCAAUACCCCUGGUAAGAUCACUGCAUGGAAUAAGGCACACAUUUAAAGUUCAAUUUUUUUGAGUAUUAAAAAUUACUAGGGAUUGUGUGCUAAGGUGAUGUAAGUCUAGCAAUAAGAGGUCUAGAUUUCUGAGUUAUAUUAUGGUUUUGCCUUGUCAAUUUAAGGUCCUAAUAGAUAUCAUUCUCUCUGUAUUUUACUUCUCUGACUAAACUAGUGACAAAAUUUUCUGUCCUUUGGAAUAGGAGCUGAAACACAUUUUCCUGGGAGUUUUUCUUAUUUUGCUUUAAGUUCCAGCUCAAGCAUCACCUUCGCUUUGAAGCCUUUAUUUCUCUAGGCGGUUAGGGGGCAUCAUAAUACUUUGCUCAUGCCUGUAUUAUCUGACAUCACAUUGUAGUAUAGUUAUUUGACUAUUUCUCCUACUGUUUUGUGAGCUUCUUGAUGGGUGGGAAUCAUAUUUUACUCAUGAAGCCUCCAUUAUCCCGUACAGUGAAUGCUCACACAGAGUAGACACUAAAGUACUGUUGGAAGGGUCAAUGGGUAAACGGGUGGAUGGAUGGAGACAGCUGGUUUAAUUAUAUCCUACUUACACAUUGCAUAGCCAUUGGCUCCAAUGGGUGACUGCUCAAGACUAACAAUUGGAACAAUGCAAAUUAUCAUCUGCGCUUUGGGGAGUCAGUAAGGACAUCUUUGCAUUUAAACACAGAAGAUGUUAAUCAGAUUUUAUACUUAACUGUUUACUUGAUGUGGAUGGUAUGAGGAUGGUGUGCGACAAUAUGUAAAAUGUAUGUUUUUGAAAAUAACUUUUAUCCCCAUAAUUUUUGAAGGUUGUUUGCUGUUAAUACUAGCUGGGUCUCAGACUUGCCCCUUCCUCCUCAAUGAUCUAAAGACUACACUUUUUUUUAAAGGAAAGUAUAAUUUUGUUUCUUUGAAUGAAAUGGGAUAGUUGGAUAACACAAGUUAUGCUUUUCCUUUCUUUAUUCGGUGAGUGUCACCUGUGUGAUGUUGUCAGUGGCCCACCUUAUACCACUGUUAGGUAAGGUUCUCCUAGUCACUAAGAACAGAAACUGCCCCUAGCUAGAUUAAGCAAGAGAACUUAUUAGAAGGUUAUGAAGGCAUGUUGAAGAACCUAAAUGAGUUUCUUAGCAUUUGGAAGGGUAGACAGCAAGGCAACUCGAGGAAUCUCAGCAAGAGUUGUGAAUGACAGAAUACCACUGUGUGUAGUUCCAGACUCUGCCAGACUGUGUCUCUCAGCCUAAUAUUCCCAAGAGAAGACAAAAUUAAUGGGCUCCUUUGGGUCAUCUCCAAAGUAGAUAGUUUUCUGUCCUUUAUCCUUCACCCCUAAAUUGACAAUGAACAGGAAUACACACAUACAUAAAAAAUCAUCUUCCCAUGCAUCUUAAGUGAAGAUGGCUUUCACUUAAGAUAAUCCUAUUGCAUCUAGCGGUAAGGUAUGAGUGAGGCAAAGGGGUAAAAUUACAAUUCUCUUAAUAUUCAUCAAAUACUUUUUGAGCAUCUACUAUGCACAAACAGUGGGAGAUGAGGUGUUUACAACAGACUAUCAUGAAGGAGCUGUGUAGUUGAGAUGGUAAUACUAGAGGCGUUCAUAAGCAGAAGGUGAUUAAAAUGACAUGAAAUUAAUUAUAAGGCCAGCUAUUUACAAAGACACUGGAUUUUGAGUUUAGAGGAAGAAGCAAUUUUCAUCUCGUGCAGAUGGGAAACUUCAUGGAGGUAAAAAAUGAUUUAUGUUUUGAGGGCUGGGUAAAUGGAGUGGUUCUUGGGAGUUCUCAAAAUUCAUUUCUAUCUAUGGAAACAGUCUGUAUAACAUGUAAUACAAUGAACUAAUGUGACAAGG